GGCGCGCCCGACGAGCAUAUUACACUCGACCGACGAGGAAAGAACACGAAAUGACGACGCAACAAGAGAACGACCCCUUCUACUUGCGCACCGGUCACUCUGGCAAGCACGGACAUGAGUUCCUCGAGUUUGAGUACUCGCACGGUCGCUUGCGCUACGCGAACAACUCGAACUACCGAAAUGAUAGUUUGAUCAGGAAAGAGAUGUGGGUCUCACCUCUGGUGGUAAAGGAGAUGAAGCGCAUCAUCGAGUCGAGCGAGAUCGUGAAGGAGGAGGACACGAAUUGGCCGAAGAAGAACAUUGUGGGGAAGCAGGAGCUGGAGAUUCGAAUUGGGAACGACCACAUCUCGUUCGAGACCGCAAAAAUUGGCUCGCUCGCGGACAUUCAGGACAGUGAAGACCCGGAAGGUCUUCGCGUGUUCUACUACCUGAUCCAGGACCUGCGGUGCAUGAUCUUCUCGCUCAUCUCCCUGCACUUCAAGAUCAAGCCGAUAUAGUGUGGGUUAGCUAAUGACUGAAAGAAGGUUUCCUCGCGGCACCGGGGCAUGGUCUACAGCGACCGGCCGUAUGCGAGGUCUGGAGGGAGGUUUGCCAUGCCUCAAGGGAGGUCUGCGGGUCUUCUGUGUCCGUACCAGGCGCGCCGCUGUCGGUUCGCCGCAGUGGCCUUGUGGAAAUGUACUGAGCUUCGUAGUUUCAAUAUGCGCAAGAUAGCCUUCAUGGGUGUCACCUUGGUGAGUGUCUGUGCUGUGUCGGAUGGAUGCAACGGAGAUUAAUCCUGGUGCAGAUGAAUUGGGGUGUGUGUGCAGCAUUUUGGUGUCCCGUUCAGGCUUCCGGUGUACG